AUGUAUCCGGGCAGACUGUUUUUACUGAUCAGUGUUUUGAUUGGCAGCGCCUGUCGAGCAUUGUAUAUCCCGCAUGAUGUACAUGAAGUAUUUGUGAGCAAUUACGACAAAAGGUCACGAAUGGAGUUAGAAGGCUAUCGACCGGACAAGCGAGAAUUCAACGCAGAUGAUCUGACGUUGCGAUUCGGAAAGCGGAGUGGAGAUAUGGCAUUCCAUCCGAACGAUCUCGCAUUACGUUUUGGACGAUAA